AUUUGCUUUGUACCUUCGUGUGUCUUAUGCACAUCUGGAUCAACUGAACCUAUUGAAGAAAGAAGGAAAGAAGAUACUGUGGAAGCAGAAAUCACAGCUGUUAAGAAAAAGGACAGAAAAUUAACCCACUCACCCAAAUAUGGUUCUCUUGAUGGGGAUACAUCUGAAGAUGAAUUUAGGCUAAGAGGAACUUAUCCAGAUUACAUAGCUAUAGCAGACUACAUGCCACCAGAUGGAGAAAAGAAUUCUGUUCGGUUAUCAGAAGGGCAAAUAGUUGAAAUUAUUGAUAGGGAAAGGGCUGAUAUUUGGUUUGUUCAAACACGUCCUACUAAAAAUAAUCCAUCUAAACAAGGCUGGGUGCCAUCUGCUUAUUUGGAGGAGAAAUCAGUUUCUGCACAAUUCAUGCGUAGAUCUACUCGAGAAACAUUUAGGGAAGAAGUUUUGCAGGUUAAGAAUAAACAGCAAGAGGCUGGACUCAAGCGAAGAUAUGUUAUUAAAGAAAUGGAAGAAACAGAAAGAGAAUACAUCAGAGAAAUUAAGUAUCUGCUUGAAACAUAUAUUAAACCAGUGGUAUCAAAUCCACAAGUUAUGUCAGAUAUUGACAGUAUUUGCAUCGAAACACUUUUUACAAAUCUGACUGGAAUCCUCAAAUUUCAUGAAAGCACUUUCUUGUCUGAACUGACUAAAUGUUGCGUCAACCCAUCAGAGGUCGGAGUAACAUUUCUUACUUGGAAAACUGAAUUUUGCAACUAUAUCAAAUACUGGGCUUACUUGGACACAGCUUUUUAUCUCUUUGAAACAAGUAUUCUGAAGCAAUUUAUUGAGGAACUAAGCCAGAGGCACUUAAAAUUAAAAGAUACUGUCACUACAUUGCUUCAGCGGCCAAUGGAUAGAUUAAAAAUGUAUCAGCUGAUGUUGAAAGACAUUCUACGUUUCUCUGCAAGAGCAGGUGAAAACUGCUCAGAUGUUGAAGCAGCAAUAGCAAUGCUGAUUUCUAUUGAAAAAGAAGUUGAAAAUGGCAAAAUUCUUCCUUUAAUUGAGGGUUUGGAGGCAGAUAAAGCACAUUUUUCUCCUCUCAUCAGACAUGAUGAUUUGUGUGUGUGGGAAGGUGAUCCAAGCUCUUCCAGAUUGAAGGAUAGGCAUGUGUUCCUUUUUCAAGACAAGGUCAUCAUGACAAAAAAGAGAAAAACUGAAAGUUCUUCAGAAAAAACAAGUUUUUCUUACAGGACUCAGAUUGAU